UUUUCGUUUUGAAAAUUUUGAUUAAAAUCUUGAACAAAUCAAAUUGUCAUUGAUUCAAUUUGUUUCCUUAUUUGAAUAUUUUUUUCACUGUAAAUUUAUUGAAAUAACAAUAUGGCUGGACAACUUCUCAACAGUCUUGGUCGUUUAGGUAUCGGUUUGGCUAUCGGUGCAAGUGUUAUCAAUACUUCAUUGUAUAAUGUCGAUGGUGGAUCAAGAGCAGUAAUUUUUGAUCGUUUUACUGGUAUUAAAAAAAAUGUUGUCGGUGAAGGUACACAUUUUUUAAUUCCAUGGGUACAACGUGCCAUUAUCUAUGAUAUACGAUCACGACCAAAAACUGUAUCAGUAAUGACUGGUAGUAAAGAUUUACAAACAGUCAAUAUAACAUUGAGAAUAUUAUUCCGUCCAAUACCAUCUGAAUUACCUAAAUUAUAUAGUAGUUUAGGUGAAGAUUAUGAUCAACGUGUUCUACCAUCAAUUACAAAUGAAGUUUUGAAAGCUGUUGUUGCACAAUUUGAUGCAGGUGAAUUGAUUACACAGCGUGAAAUUGUAUCAAAUCGUGUUAGUGAAGAUUUAACUGAACGUGCAUCACAUUUUGGUCUUGUGCUUGAUGAUAUUUCAUUGACACAUUUAGGUUUUGGUCGUGAAUUUACUGCUGCUGUUGAAAUGAAACAAGUUGCACAACAAGAUGCUGAACGUGCUAGAUUUGUUGUAGAAAAAGCUGAACAUUUGAAAAAAGCAGCCGUUAUUAGUGCUGAAGGUGAUUCACAAGCCGCAUCAUUAUUAGCAAAAGCAUUUGGUGAUUGUGGUGAAGCAUUAGUUGAAUUACGUCGUAUGGAAGCUGCGGAAGAUAUUGCUAAAUUAUUAUCACGUUCACGUAAUGUUGCCUAUCUUCCGCCUGGUCAAAAUACAUUAUUAAGUUUACCACAAAUAUAAAAUCAAUUCAGGAUCCAGUCAUCCAUUUGAUUUGUCAAAUUUUUUUUCCUCCGUUACAAAAUUUUUCUUUAAUAGCCAUUUAUAAGAAAAUAAAAAAUAAAUUCUGUAGCAA